UUCCUGUUUUGUGAAAAGAGAACAAAAGUUAUCUUUGCAAAAUCAAUUGCAAAUGGCUGUUCCGAGCUGUCCGGCACCGAGUCCCGACGCAAGCCGUUGGGAUGCAGAGGUUGCAAGCGGCAUGGCGAUGGAUGCGGAAGUCAUGGAGUACAUGCCGGCCGCAAUGUCUUCUGGGAUGAUGCUGGUACCCCACGAUCAACCCAUCUACGGCCCACAUCUCCCUGGCUUUGAUACUGGAAACGUUCAUAACAAUAGUCCAGUUCCGGCGAGUUUUAUGGAAGGGGAUGGGGACAGCCCACAGAACGCUGAUGUCAGAGAUCCCAAGGCGUUGCGUGGCAUGUGCGGUCUGCGCAACAUGGGCAACACCUGCUUCAUGAACUCUGGCCUCCAGUGUCUGAUGCACAACGGUCACUUGGUCCAGCAGUUACCCCAGGCGGAUCAGCUCCUUGCGGCCACGCUGUCUUGCAGAUUCCGCAGCUUGACGGACAAAGCCUGGAGCGGGGAGUUCGCUCUGCUGCAUCCGUUGGAGUUUAAGGAGACGCUAGGGUACAUGCAUGGACAGUUCCACGACUAUAGACAGCAUGAUGGACAGGAGUUCCUAGCACUACUUCUAGAUACGUUACACGAAGAAUUGAACCAGGCCAAAGCCAAGAAGAAAUCUCACUCCCCGUUCGAAGACAUCUCGGAGAACUCCAGCGACUCGCAGUACAUGUCUGAGGCAUCAACCUCCAAACUUAGUGAGUUGGAAGCCUUGGAGAUUGACUCCGGAAAGGAGGAGCAUGUCCCGGGAAACCAGAAUAAUAGACGAGAGAGUGACAAGGAGGCAGGGUCUGGGUCUGGGUCUGGAUCCGGAUCCGAGGAGAGCGCAGCGGGAGAGGAGGUGAAGGUCCCCAGCAUUGAGGAGUUCUUUAAGAAGGAUAUGAAGACGCUGAAUACUAACGUGAUGCAGGCUGAGGAAGCGCCUUCUAGUGUCGCAACGGGGAGCGAGAAGUUCCCCAAGGCUGAGAAUUCCAAGAAACCGCAAAAGUCUCCGGCCAAGCAGCAGCGGUCGCCGCUGAGAAACCGGGUGGAGAACGACUGCGAGAAGCUGAACUCCCCACCCAAGAACAAGAAGACGAACCUCCUUGUGGCCAAGAAAAACCUGAAGGGGAACCUCAAGAAUGGCUCCGGGGAGGGUUUGGGCAGCGGCGUCAAGUUUGUGGCCGAGACAGACCUCCACGAAGGGGAAGACCCUAUCAAGAGGAUGAAGAUGGACUCCUGCAGCAAGACGGAACUCCUUCAAAGUCUCGCUAAGGAGGGUCUAACUUCCUCUUUUCACAACUAUGCCGUCCCGGAGCUCCUGAGUCAAGAUGGCUUCUUCCCGAUAACGGAGAGCAAAUUAACCAACAAGCUGAUGGAGUUAGAAGGAAACGACACCAGCCUCAAGCAAGUCGCAGAAGCCGAGUGCUACAACCAACUCAAACCUCAGAUGGGACUUGACAAUCCUCCGGAUAAGUGUCCCAAUCUUCUCUACCCCACCAAAAACGAAGAGACGCUCACCAAGAACUUGGAAAGGCAUAGGGAGGAUAAGCCGUGCUUGGCGCCGCACACCAAGACAAGUGAAGACCAAGACUGCUGCUAUAUCCCAAACAACCAACAGUUCCUCUCAGUGCAACGGACUCCUUCUCGGAUCAAGAAAGAGACAGCGAUGGAGGACGUAGAUCUGGGCGGAGAGGAGGGGGAAGCGGAUUGGGAAGAAUACAUCAAGGCAAACCAGUCGCCUAUCAUGGACUUCCAAGGACAGUUCAAAAGCACGGUUGUAUGUGCCGUUUGUGGUCACGUCUCCAUCAUCUAUGAGCCUUUUAUGUACCUGUCAGUACCUCUUCCACGUGCAAUGGAAAAACAACUAAUCAUUACAUUCAUUCCUAAGCAUGGCCAGACACCAGGACGAUACCUGGUGACGCUGAACAGACUAGACACGGUCAAAGAACUCAGGAAAGCUGUGACGGGGGUGGUGUACCGAGAGGGGCUACCAGAGGAUAAAGAGUUGGUCUUAGCAGAAGGAUUGGACCACCAUAUAUCAAGAUUUCUGGAGGAUGGUGUACAACUGAGAUACGUCAAUGACAGUUUCCGCUUGCUGUAUGCGUUUGAGGUGUAUUCCAAAACUGUCUUGGAAGAAUCGGCACACAUAACUGCUGUACCAAGCGAAGCCGUUUCAAACAGCCUUGCAGAGGACGUGGACACAAGAACUCUAAACAAGUCCACCCCGUUCGAACACGCGAAUGUCCUACAGCAGGAAAGUGUAGACCUUUGUGAGAGACUUGACAGCGACUACCUCCCGACGAGUGCAGAAAGUGCCUUCGAGGCCCCAAAAGGUCCAUGGGACAUCGUCUUAACGCCCACACAGUACACCGAAAUGAAUAACGUUGGAAGCGGGAAAGUCGGGGAUUUAGAAUCCGGCACGGACUCCGCAGCGGCAUCCGCAACGGCUGCAGCAUCUCGGGACGUCUUCUCAAACGUGACGUAUUUUGACGCCAGCGAUUUGCCGCCGAUGGACACGCAAAACGACGGGCUUGUUCUGCCGCGAAAGCCACGGGGCUCCAACAGCAGCCUGCAGGGCAACGUUGAUCUCAACAGCCCUGAAGCCGUCUGGGGUCCGAUACAAGACGACGGAGUGACGUGGAACGACGACGUCUUUGUCCCGGAGAAGAACGGUGAAACGAGCGAUAGCGGCGUCGUGAUGAGCCAGUGGCAUUCUUGUGCAAUCUGCCUGGAGGAAUAUCCGGAACAUCAGUUACUAACACACAAAGCGUGUGGUGGAGUACUAUGCCAUGCAUGCAUGGAGAGAGCCGUCAAGCACUAUGGUCACCAGACGGUGGAUUGUCCAGUAUGCAGGAAAGAAAUUGACCCUUCGCAGGACUACGUCGUCAUGCAGACGUCACAAACUGCCCGCCCAGCCAAAAGGGUUCUUCUACUGCCUGUACUAUUCAGGAACGAUACUACGACAGAUAGAGAAACAAAGGGAGACUUGUUUGCCUACCCCAAUGCAAUCCACACACACAACGAAGUCAGCGGUGAGUGCCUGUACAGCGAGAUAGAGAGCAUGUUGCCAGUACACGCACCGUUUACCCUCGUACUCACAGACGGACGGGGCACCCAGUGUUCCCGCUGCGUCUACAGCAUCCACUGCCGUGGCUGCCAGCUGGUCCGGGAGGUGGACAUCACCCUCCACUCCGACGACCACCUGACUGUGGUCUACCAGAACCUACCCACCGAGGUCGUGGAAUCUGCCAGCCGGGCCUAUGAUGACAGGUCAUUCGGGGAGCUGGCCGGGAACGAUCCAUUGACUCUGAGGGAGUGCUUCAAAGCCUUCACUGAAAGUGAGGACUUGGAUGAGCACAACCCUUGGUUUUGUCCCAAGUGUUGCAAGCCUCAGUGUGCAAGCAAGACGAUAGCUGUAUGUCGGUACCCAGACACACUCAUAGUGUACCUCAAAAGGUUCGUAUUCCACCAGUUCACCAGUACCAAGCUCGAGAACAAGGUCCAGUUUCCAGUAGAGGGGCUGGACAUGACGGACUUCCUAUGCCCAGGAGUCUCCAGCGACGGACUUGACCUUGUCUAUGAUCUACAGAGCUGUAUCUGUCAUUUUGGAGGUGUUAAUGCAGGCCAUUACACCUGUUACGUCCGCAACCCAUUGUCCAAUCAAUGGCAGUACUGUAACGACGAAGCCAUAAGCCAACAGGAACCCUCAGACAACGACUCCAGCAGUGUCUACAUCCUCUUCUAUCAGAGGCGAGGACUCAACUUCGACUUCACCCCACCAGUAGGAUAUGAGCUCAGCCCCCCCUCUGUCCCCCCGCCCCCACCCCCCUCAUCACCCCCGCCAGGGGAAGUGGAACAGUCCUGCAGUCCAGUAGGCACGACAUCGUUUCAGUCUACCUUCGACCGUUUCGUCUCCGAAUUCGACAAGGAAGCAGAACGCGUAGACGGGGAGAGUGGAUCUGAUGGGAAAAGCACAGACCUGGAUUGAGCCCCAACUACAUGGAGAAAAUGGGUAAACAGAAUGACAUGAGGUUGUUGCAAUGAAGCGAUUAUGGAGGGGGGGGGGGGAAGGGGAAGGGGGUAUUUCCAAUCAAUAUACAAAAGUUUUCAAAUCCAUUAGGGACCAAAAAUUGUGUAGCGUUUUAUAUCAGUGACAAACUGUAAGUGGAUUUUUUUUAACUGCCAUUUCUAUGGGAAAUUUAUAACCACUCAAAAGUGUCAGCAUACAUCAUGUUCUUGAGAAGACAAAAAAUGGUUAUUUUUUUUAUUCCCAGUUGAAAUAUAACUUAAUAGUUCUUAAAAUCCAAUAUGUGGUUGUUAAUUUGGAUUAGUUCACAUUUGAAAUACAAGAAACUUGUACGAUUUAGAAUAAUUAUGUGCUUUAUUGUACCCACAAUGCAAUGCCUUGUUCAGAGCAAAGGGGUGCCAGCAAUGUUAGACUGGUUCCUGCUCCCGUAAUAUGGGGACCGGUAGCUAGUUCCCAUUUAAAGCCAUUGAUUGGAUCGCGUGCGCAGUAAAGAUUUUUGUAUUUUUGAAAAUGAUGCAUACAGCUUUGUGGAUGGAUGACAGUUGAACACAUGGCAAAAAAAA